AUCAAUAUAUUCCUUAUUAUAUAGGGAGAUACCACUUGUGUUAUCACGAAGGAGUCUUAAUUUCAUUAUGUAUUUUCGCAAGUUGGCAUUGCUACCGUGCAUUUUGUUCUUAUGGACAUGCUAUAAAGUUUUCGCGUUCUCUUAAGUUCUACGAGCAGUCAUACCCUGGACCUUUGGUUUACCAAGGAAAUAUGAAUUAUCGUGUUAUUGUUAAAGAAUAUUUCGUUGUGCAUCAAUCUUAUAAGAAUGGUUAAUAGACGUCUUGAGAGAAAAACGACAGUUGGGAUUUGUUUUCCGCUUGAAAGAGCGGCAUCGUGAAACUAGGUAGUUUGUCCAAAUGGACUUGCCGUAUUAUUUCCGCAUUAUAGUUAAUUCCGGGGUCCACGGAAGUGAAGAGUUCUGAUACUCCCCAGUGACCAUAAAUGAAGCCGGAGCACCGUGAAGCGAUACUGCAGGCGUGCAGCGCGGCCUCGCUACGCGUCGGCGCCAAGAUCCAGACGCUGUGGAGCGGCUACGGCGAGAUCGUCCGCCUGCAGUUGGAGGGCUGCGGGCGGCCCUCUGUGGUCGUCAAGCACGUCAAGUUCCCUGCCGCGCGGGCUGAGCACGCCGCCGCCGACCCGGCGGCCGAACGCUCCCAUUUGAGGAAGGUGAGGUCCUACGAGGUGGAGACCUACUGGUACCAGAACUACACCACCAAUCCUAGGUGCAGGAUACCCGCCUGUCUGACCGCUUGCGCCCAUGCAAACGAGAUGCUCAUCGUGCUGGAGGACCUGGACGUGGCCGGAUAUGACCAAAGAAGAACCAGCGUGAAGGAUGACGAGAUGAGGGCCUGCCUCAGCUGGCUUGCCCACUUCCACGCUCACUUCCUGGGCGUGUCCCCGCGGGGCCUGUGGCCAGUCGGCACCUACUGGCACCUGGAGACACGCCCGGACGAGCUGGAGGCCAUGGGCGACGCCAGGCUGAAGGUGGCGGCCGGCGCCGUGGAUGCAGCGCUCAACGGCUGUCGCUUCCGUACAGUCGUGCACGGCGACGCCAAGCUGGCCAACUUCUGCUUCUCCAGUGACGGAUGGGACGUGGCGGCUGUGGACUUCCAGUAUGUGGGCGGCGGCUGUGGGAUGAAAGACGUGGCAUACUUCCUGGCCAGCUGCCUUGAGGAGAGAGAGUGCGACAAGAAGGUGCCGGUCCUGCUGGACCAUUACUUUGCAGAAUUAAAGUGCGGGGUGAGCACCCAGGUAGACUUUUUGGCGCUGGAGGAAGAGUGGCGGGAGAUGUUCGCCUUCGCCUGGACCGACUUCCGUCGAUUCCUGCUGGGUUGGAUACCAGGACACCGGAAAAUCGACCGCUACAGCAAGAGGCUGGCUGAUGAGGUUCUGCACAAGCUCAAGCUUUGAAUGCAAAUAAAAAGAUCAGUUUGACAGCUUUUAUUUAUACACUACUUACAAAUAUUUGGGAGUUUGCAAUAUUGGUCUUUCGGGCCCAACAUCUCAAAAGCCCAACAGUUUUUGUGAGUUUUGUAAUAUAGUACACACUAGCAGAAAAAUAUCAUUUCAACACAAUAAUCAGAUUUUUAAAAAUAGAGAGAUUUUUUUGGAUGUUAUGUGACUGAUACAAAAUAAAAAUCAUGUCUGUGGCUGAACUAUUAUAUUUUUUGUAUGUCUGACCUCGUUUCAUUUCAAUACAUUUUUCCAAAAAAUAAAGCCUUAAUUGUCCAUAAACCCACCUUUCAGAGGUCUUACAAAUGUGUCUAUUGUUUCAAAAAUUGUAACAUUAAAAUAGCACUGAACUAUUGUAAAACAGUUUUCUUUCCUUUACAGUAUAUUCAUGUUUUGAUUUUGAGUAAAAAUGCAAU